GUGGCGACGGGAAAACCGAGAUCACUUGGAAGGUGGUGCAAAGCAGUCUUGAGAGCCCUCCGGCGGCCUCGCACCAGCCCACUUCGGCCCUUGCUGGUUUCAGCUGGUUCGAUCUGCACAAGGUGCUGGCUGCUGCAUGCCGUGGCACGGAUGUCUUCGGUGCCAGCUGCUGUCGGCAGGAGGCCGAAGCGGCAGAGGUCGUCAUCGCAGCGCGGGAGCAGGUCGACACGAAAGACAGCGAUGCACGGUCGAGGCGCCCCUCCGACUGCCAAACGAGCUUCUCCUACA